AUGGAAAAUUCGACUGAACCAUCAUCGUCCAUAAGCUUUACUUCAUCUUCCCAUAUUUCCAAUGGCUCUACUAGCUACAACAAAAACCCUUCUUGUGGCUCUGUCUCUGAGGCAGGGUUGAGUCUUGAAGUAUAUAGUUUAAGUAAGCUCAGCAGUAAUUUGGAGCAGCUCUUACUUGAUUCCAGCAGUGAUUACAGCGAUGCAGCUAUUAUAGUUGAGGGUAUAGCAGUAGGUGUUCAUCGGUGUGUACUGGCAGCUAGGAGUAAAUUUUUCCAUGAGCUUUUUAAGAAAGGAAAGGGGUCUGUUGAGAAAGAAAGUAAAUCAAAGUAUUGCAUGAGUGAUUUGUUGCCUUAUGGGAGCGUUGGGUACGAGGCCUUUCUUGUUUUCUUGAGCUAUUUGUAUACAGCAAAGCUGAAGCCUUCUCCACCAGAAGUGUCAACAUGUGUUGAUCAUGUAUGCGCACACGCUGCUUGCAGGCCUGCUAUAAAUUUUUCUGUGGAAUUGAUGUAUGCAUCUUCCAUUUUCCAGGUUCCGGAGCUGGUUUCACUUUUUCAGCGGCGUCUUCUUAACUUUGUUGGCAAGGCUCUUAUAGAAGAUGUUCUCCCAAUCCUUUUGGUUGCCUUCCAUUGUAAAUCAAAUGACCUUCUCACUCAAUGUGUUCAUAGAGUGGCAUGCUCAAAUCUAAACGGCAUAUCUCUUGAGAAAGAGCUCCCAUAUGAAGCUGUAGAGAACAUUAAAUUGCUCCGCCGAAAGUCACAGGCAGAUGAACGAAAUGAUGAGGCACCUAUGGAUCACUUACUUGAGAAGAGAAUUAGCAGAAUACACAAGGCACUGGACUCGGAUGAUGUCGAGCUUGUGAAACUUCUCCUGACGGAGUCUGAUAUAACCUUAGACAAAGCCAAUGCUCUCCAUUAUGCUGCAGCAUACUGUGAUCCAAAAGUUGUCUCUGAGGUUCUUGGUCUAGGUCUGGCUGAUGUUAACCUUCGGAAUGCUCAGGGUUAUCCAGUGCUGCACAUUGCUGCUAUGAGGAAGAAUCCAUCAGUUAUAGUAUCUCUUUUGACCAAAGGAGCUUGUGCAUCAGAAGUGACAUCCGAUGGGCAGAGUGCUGUUAGUAUCUGCAGGAGAUUGACAAGGCCAAAGGAUUAUAAUGCAAAAACAGAACAGGGACAGAAAGCAAACAAAGACCGGAUAUGCAUUGACGUUUUGGAGAGGGAGACCCAUAGGAAUCCAAUGGCCGGAGAUGCAUCAUUCUCUUCCCCGACAAUGGCAGAUGAUCUUCACAUGAAGCUGAUUUACCUAGAAAACAGAGUGGCAUUUGCACGAUUAUUGUUCCCUACCGAAGCUCAGCUAGCCAUGGACACUGCAAAUGCUGAAACAACAUCUGAGUUUGCUGGUCUUCUGGCAUCAAAAGGUAGCAAUGGAAACUUGAGGGAAGUUGAUUUGAAUGAGACACCCGUUAUGCAGAAGAAAAGACUCCACUCAAGGAUGGAAGCCCUAUCGAAAACAG